AUGUCCACCCCCCGCCCAACCUGCGGCUCCAACCGCCCAUCAGAACCCUACAACCUCCCCCUCCACAUCGGCGGCCUCUUCAUAAUCCUCACCGUCUCGGCUACCGCCUGCACCCUCCCUCUCAUCGCCCUGCGAGUCCCCUUCCUCCGCAUCCCCUCCAGCGCCCUCUUCGCUUUCCGACAUUUCGGAACAGGCGUGCUCAUCGCCACUGCUUUUGUGCACCUCUUCCCGACUGCAUUUAUAAAUUUGACGGAUCCGUGCUUGCCGGAGUUCUUUACGGAGACGUAUCCGGCGUUUGCGGGAGCGGUGGCACUGGCGGCCGUGUUUGUUAUUACGAUUGUGGAGAUGGUGUUUAGUCCUGGGAGGAGUCUUUGUUCUGGGCCGAGUCAGGGUGAGGUCGGGGCGUUGGAAGCGGCGGUGGUGGGGGAUGUGAGGAGUGCUGAAGUCGAUGAGGAUGAGAUCACUCCAGCACAAACAACGCCCCAAUUCGGCCGCACCCGCUCCGGCCGUACCCAUCGUCGUCCCUCCCUCCUCCCGACCAACCAAACCAGCACCUACGAGCCCAAAGCCAACGAUGAAGCCAUCCGCCCGAGCUCCGACUCCCUCACCUCCUCCCUGCACAAACCCUCACCCGAACAAGCCCGUCAAAAACUCAUCCUCCAAGCCACCCUCCUCGAACUCGGAAUCCUCUUCCACUCCCUCUUCAUCGGCAUGGCCCUCGCCGUCGCAACCGGCCACGACCAAAUCGUCCUCCUCAUCGCCAUAACCUUCCAUCAAACCUUUGAAGGCUUGGCACUCGGCAGUCGUAUCGCCUCUAUCCCUCCACCCUCCCCUGCCACCCCAUCCACUUCAUCCCCACGGCCGUGGAUCAUGGCCGCCCUAUACGGCUGCACCACACCCCUGGGCAUGGCAGUCGGCAUCGGAACGAGGAACUUGUACGAUCCGAGCAGUGCGUUUGGAUUGGUGUUGGUGGGCACGACGAAUGCGGUGAGUAGUGGGUUGUUGACGUAUACGAGUCUGGUGGAUUUGUUGAGUGAGGACUUUUUGACGGAUGCGAGUUGGAGGGUGUUGAGGGGGAGGAGGAGGGUGGGUGCGGUGGGAUUGGUGGGGUUCGGGGCGUUUUGUAUGAGUUUGAUUGGGGCUUGGGCGUGA